GUACCUGCAUACAUGUGCGCGCGAAAUAAUUGAGGUAGUGCGGUAUCGCGGCGCCAUCGAAAUUUGUGCAAAUCUGAUAUACCAGCCAAUUAUUCUAAUCACGCUUCCGCAAAUUCGCGCACAUACAUAUACACAGAUAUUGUCUUUCGCAAAUCGAUGAUGUAAGAUCACAUGGAACGUUGUGGAAUGACAAUAUAAAUAUGAGCACAGAUACAUUUUUAUCCAGUUGAUGAAUUAAACCUCGAUCGCAGUUGUUCAUUUUCCUGUCACUAAACUACAGAAAAAUGAAGAGAAUCGCGCUUCUCGUUUUAACUGUCGCUGCUAAUGUAAUUGCAAAUGAAGAAGAGAACAUACAACAAGUAGCGACGAAUUUCGAAACCGAUGUAUCGACGGUAAAAAUAUGUCUGACUGAAGCUGGCACGACUGCGGAGCAGAUGCAAAUUACAAAACAAAAAUGGCAGGAAAUCAAAGAUGAUGAAGACAUCGACGAAGAAACUAAAGAAUCUUUUACGACACACGGUCGUUUCGUAGCAUGCAUAUUGGAGAAGAACGAUAUGAUGAAAGAUUCGAAGCUAGUUUUAGACAAAAUACUAGAAGCGGUCGAAAAGGAACCGAAUGACCCAACAGUAACGAAGAACAAACAAGUUGUAACGGAAUGCGUGACUUCACUGAACGAAGCUGACCAACUGAAUCGGGAAGAUAGGGCAUUCGGACUUAUGCUUUGCAUAAAUCGCAAGCAGCAGACUACAGAAAGAUAAAAAAUGAAAAAAGGAAUUUGCGCGACAUGUAACGUUAUCUAGAUCGAAAAAAUCGCGAUUCUUCCUACAGUGCAAUGGUAAUACUAAAAAGAAAAAUUUCAUCGGGGUUUAAGGAAAAUAAGAUACCGUUUUUUCUCCCUUCUUGUAGACUCACAAUAUUCUUAUAAACUCACAAUAAACCUUGUUGCUUGUAUCAUGUUAUUGAUGUUAAAUAAAACCAAUUAGUUAAAAA